AUGGACUCGACCGCACACCUUCUCUAUGCCGCCCACCAACUCCACGAGCGUUCUGGCGGCAUAGGCGGGAACACAGCCUCUCGCCCGGCCUACUACAAGAUUGUUGGGCUCGUCUUGGCCAUUUCGUCCGGAGUCUUCAUCGGCACGUCGUUUGUCAUCAAGAAGCACGGUCUGCUGCAGGCCAACAAAAAGUACAAUGAGGAGGCGGGAGAGGGCUACGGAUACCUCAAGAACGGCUGGUGGUGGCUUGGCAUGAUUUUGAUGAUUGUUGGAGAGAUCUGUAAUCUUGUCGCAUAUGCCUUCACCGACGCUAUCCUCGUGACGCCGAUGGGUGCACUCACGGUCGUAGUGUGCGCUAUAUUGUCCACCAUCUUCUUGAAGGAGCGCCUCAGUUUUGUAGGAAAAGUAGGCUGCUUCAAUUGCAUCAUCGGCUCCGUCGUCAUUGCUGUCAAUGCACCGGCUCAGUCGUCUGUUGCGCGCAUUCAAGACAUGAAGAAAUGGGUCCUUACACCGGGCUUUCUCAGUUAUGCAGGCGUCAUCAUCGUCACAUGCAUUGUAAUUGCUGUGUGGCUAGGGCCCAAGUAUGGAAAGCGCACCAUGAUGGUCUACAUCACCAUCUGCAGUCUGAUUGGAGGUCUCAGUGUUGUCGCAACCCAAGGUCUCGGUGCCGCAGUGGUAGCUCAGGCCUCCGGCACGUAUGGUGGGCAGUUCAAGGAAUGGUUCCUUUAUGUGCUGCUAGUAUUUGUCGUGGCGACGUUAUUGACCGAGAUCAUCUACCUCAACAAAGCCCUGAAUUUGUUCAACGCGGCGUUGGUAACACCAACCUACUACGUCUUCUUUACAUCUGCUACCAUCAUCACCUCGGCUGUCUUGUUCCAAGGUUUCAAAGGCACACCGCUGCAGAUUCUCACUGUCGUCAUGGGUUUCUUGCAAAUCUGUUCGGGAGUGGUCCUUCUGCAACUAUCCAAAUCAGCCAAAGACGUGCCGGAUUCAGCCGUCUUCAAGGGAGACCUCGACCAAGUGCGGACUGUCGCCGAGAUGGAAGAGCCAGAAUACGAGCCGCGAGCCGAUACACUUCGCGGUGGUGCCGCCAUUCUCCGAUCACUGUCAAAAGCAAGGUCCGACAAGGAGCUUACCGAGGCUCGGAAAAUUCAAGAAGAGCAUAUGCAGCCUAUUGGCGAAGGCGAGCAAGUUGAGUUCGACGGUCUGCGUAGACGGAGGACAGUAUUCGAUCCCAGUCGGCCACCGACACGCAGCACCACGAUUGUGCAGACCAAGUCGCUACACCCCCCGCUUGGAAUGUCACAAUUUCCCACUGACGAUUCUGAUGACGAUAACGACAGUUUCCACCCUGGUUUCUUCCAACGAUUGCGCUCGCGGGGCAAGUCAACUAGCAGUCGCGGCAGCUCGCAUGCGCCAGGCACCUCAGGUGUGGGCAUGCACACAUUGCCCGCCAUUCCUCAAGCCGAUGGUGUCUCUGAUCAAGAACCAGACGGCGCAUCGUACAAGAUCAACAUGACUCAAGAAACAUCGUACAAACCCCUUGACUCGCACAUCCAGUUCGCCUCGCUUCCCGAUCCACCCCGCCACGACCGCCACGACCGCCAUGACUCGGAAUCCUCGUCUCUCGCACCCCCACCACCCGGCGGCCAGCCCGCCAAACGCCAGUUCUCUUUCCAAAACGUCUUUUCGAGAAACCGUACAGACUCCACUGGUGAAGCAUCCGGUAGCAGAACGCGACCGACAAGUCGACACAGCCGCAAGAGCAGCCGAGAAAUCAAAAGCGGAGGCCCAGGCGGCGCGACGGAAGAAGAAAGACUCGGCCUCGUAAAGGGCGACUCGAGCAAUCUCCUGCCCAUUAUCAGUCGUACCAGCGACGAGGAGGACGAUAUUGACCGCGAUCUUGCUGCCGGCGUGCCCCCCACCUACAUCGACGACGACAAUUGGCAUCUCCCGCGCACUUCUAGCCCCGCCUACUCAUUACCGGCCCAGCGAGCACCAAUGCAAACGAUACCGCCUGUGCGGCGAGCAGACACGGACAUGUCUGAGUUUGAGGCGCGACACGCUGAGGCCGACAAGGACAUUGAGAAAAGCGGCAGCCGUGGGAAUCCCGGGGCGUAUCGGUAG